GACGUAGACUUCCAAUUGAUUCCUUUAGUCAGACAGACAGAGAGUGAGAGAGCUAUGGAGAGACCAAGGUGGUGGUUGUUUCUGUUACCGGGUAUUGUAGUGUUGGAUUUGGUUUGUCUUUGCAAGGCAAUCGAAUCGCCACACUAUGCAGUGGUGCACGCGGAAUCAGAUUUUGAGGUCAGAUUAUAUGUGAAUUCCACAUGGAUGUCUGCUCCAGUUAAUGAACUCUCCUUUGAGAAAGCCACUUUGUUUGGCUUUCACAGGUUGUUUCAAUACAUCCAAGGUGCCAAUCUAAAUUCUUCGAGGAUUGCAAUGACAGCUCCCGUUGUGACUAGCAUAGUUCCAGGAGCUGGGCCCUUUCGAUCUUCAGCCUACAUCGUUCGAUUUUACUUGCCUGUGAAAUUCCAAGCUGACCCACCAGUCCCCCUUGAUGAACUGCACCUGAAACCAUACACAUGGAACAGUCGUUGUGUUGCUGUGAGGAAGUUCUCUGGAUAUGCGAAGGAUGAGAAUGUUGCAAGAGAAGCAAAAAGACUCGCUGUCAGCUUGAGCAUGUCUCCAUGGUUCAACGUAACUUCUACUGAAAGCAAUUGUUCCUAUUCGAUUGCUCAGUACGAUUCUCCAUUCCAGUUUAUCCAUCGUACCAAUGAAGUAUGGGCAUAUAUAAAAGCACCCGGAGCAAAUGGUUGCCAACCCAGUGGAAUAGCCUCGUACUGACGAAUUGUAGAUUGGAUGGGCAUGAAAGUUUGGAAUCUGUUUCUCUCAUGCCGAAAGGAUCAAAUACAAAAGAUGCACCACAGUAGUUUCCUUAUCCUUGUAAAUAUGUUGUCAAGUUAUAUGUAAAACAUGCUGUCCAACGUUUUCCAGUUCAGCUUGUAUGUCGAUACCAUAUAAACUUAAUGACUCUGAUAUUUUUGUCUUUUA